AUGAAGGGCCUACUCUCCGUCAUGACAGCUGUCGCUGGCCUCAGAUCUGUCCUGGGUCAAGGGCUUGAAGCGUCUCUUGUAGUGAACCCCAAGAACAGUCCCGGGGUCGGCGGCAGUACCGCAUCGCUGCCAAUUGACAUCUCAGCUCUGCGCAACAACAGAGGGUUCGGAACCAGUCCCAAUGACGCGGACUUUGAUGGCACGGGCGCGAGUUAUCCAGCAAAGUUUCUGCCAGCCGAAAAUUUCACCUACGGGGGAGUGGACUUUAUCUUUCCACAGUAUCAAGACAAUAAUGGGAGCGACAAUGUUCUUGCCCAGGGUCAAGUACUCAACGUAACCAGGGGUCGCUAUAUCGGUGUGCACAUGCUCGCUGCGGCAGAAAGCGCCAUCGCCACGGGUUUUGUCAACGCUACGUAUGCGGAUGGAUCGACGACAAGUGGUGCUGUUCUGGUCGACCCGUUCUGGGCGUGGCCGUAUCCUUAUGGCGGCGACAUUAUUUUCCCGUACCAUCUUACCAAUCAGACAGUGGACUACAAUCGCUCCAUGAUAUUUCGAAGCGUAAACUGGCUUGACAGCUCGAAGGAGCUGACAAGUGUGCAGCUACCCAAUGUGACCAGCGGUGCCGCAAAUGGGCCGGGCGGCGCGGCACAAGAAACAAGGCUGCACAUCUUCGCGGUGUCGUUGAUCCCGGCUGACGCCGAAGGGCUGAGCUUGGAUGUCGAGCUGGCGAGAAGCACAAACACGUGGGUUGAAGGCACUAACAAGACCCAGAUCUUUGAGGCCAUUAUCAACAAUGUCGGUACAUCGUGGGUCCUGGCCAACCAAAGCGUGACUGUGUCGAUCGAAUCGGACGGUGUGACGACGGUCCAGCCCGCGUAUAUCAAUCGACUUCGGCCUGGAGACCAGGCCCGUGUGCAGAUCGGGGUCACCAAUGUGGAUGGGGUGGCAGAGGGAACCGAGGGAACUGCUAGAUUGGUCAUCUCAGGGACAGGAGUGUCCACAAACUACACGUUCAAUGCCACAUACGGUAUUCAUGAGUAUGAGCCGACUUACGAAAGCAUCUACGCCCAUGAGUCUCCUCCGUGGUUUAGCAACGCGAAGUACGGAAUAUUCAUCCACUGGGGGGUGUAUGCGGUCCCUGGUUGGGGUAACUCUGGCGACAAUGAGUCCUACGCAGAGUGGUACUGGUGGUGGAUGAAUUCGGGGCCCAACAGCACCCGCGAUCGAACGUACGAGUAUCACCUAAAGACAUACGGGCCGGAUGUGGUCUACGACGACUUCAUCGCAAACUUCACCGCAUCGCAAUUCGAUCCUAAGGAAUGGGUAGACUUGUUCGCGGAUGCUGGCGCGAACUACUUUGUCCAGGUCUCGAAGCAUCACGACGGCUACGCAAUCUUCGACCUGCCAGCCAAUGUCACGGAACGCACGAGUGUAGCACAGUUUCCACACAGGAACCUACUCAAGGAGAUCUUUGACGCCGCGGAGGAGCACCAGCCACAGCUCCACAAAGCCACGUACUACAGUUUGCCAGAGUGGUUUCACCCAGACUACCACGGCUUUGCAGACUGGCCCGGCGGCAAUGCCACCAAUCCCUACACAAAUGAGACAUUGCCCUACACUGGGUAUGUGCCCCUGAAUGACUACGUUGCAGACAAGAUUUUGCCAGAGAUGCAGACCCUGGCAAACAUGGGCACAGAGGUCCUGUGGUGUGACAUUGGCGGCCCGAACUUGACGGCGCAGUUUGCUGCAGAGUACUUCAACACCGCGGCUAGACAAGGGAAGCAGGUUCUGACAAAUAACCGAUGCGGCACGCCAGGGGACUUUGACACACCCGAGUACGCCAAGUAUGAGUCGGUGCAGAUCCGGAAGUGGGAGUCAAGUCUGGGAAUGGAUCCUUUUAGCUAUGGAUAUAAUAGGGCCACCCCUGACGACAAGUAUUUGACGGCGCAGGGAAUCGUUACGACUCUGGUGGAUAUCGUCAGCAAGAAUGGGAAUUUCCUCCUGGAUGUGGGGCCAACUGCUGAAGGUAUCAUCAUCGAUAUCGAGCAGCGUAAUCUGCGCGCAGCAGGAGUGUGGAUUAAGUCCCAUGCCGAGGCUAUCUUCAACACAACAUACUGGUCUAUCACGCCAGAGGAAGGUGACACAGUGCGGUUUACCCAGACACCUGAUGCAUUUUACAUCAGCACACUUUACGCGCCUAACGACACCCUCGUCCUAACCUCGCCUGUACCCUAUGUGGAGGGUGAUGAGGUGACUGUCGUCGGCGGUAACAGGUCUGGCACUGUAGUCCCGAGUGAGCUGUCCAACGGCAACUUGACGCUGACUAUCAGUGAGGACGUGAGAAACGCAGAUGAGUAUGCUUGGGUAUUCAAGAUUGCGUUUGGGGGCGUCAACAGCACUGGUGGGGGAAGCAGUAAUGGGAGCGGGAGCGGGUCAGGAGAAGCAAGUGGCAACGGUGGACAAGCUCUUGGAAGCUCGUCUAUUGUAUUGGCAUUGGCUGUUUUAUCGAGCAUUUUUCAGGCCUUCCUCUGA